GUCUGUCUGAGCGUCUGCGCUUUUGGACCAAGGUGGGGUGACUGGGUUGGCGGCUGUGCGCCUGCGUACUGGUUUUUGUGUUAUUAAACUGUUCGUUGGAGUCAGCGCCUGUCCUGUCCUCUCUUCUUCCGUCGUGUCUUCUCGCGCUGUGGUUUAGAUCUUCAUGUAUAGUCACCAACGUGCCCAACAGCGAGUCCUCUUGGGUGAAGCAUGAGUGUCUUUUUCGAAGGUAGGACGAUUGACCUAAGGAAGAAGGAAGUUGUGGAAGAGUCCCCUUCUCCUUUCGUUAUAGUGGAUGUCAAGUGUAAGAGACUCACCAGGGACCAGCAGCAUCAGGGACGAAGGCAAUGUGAACCAACUGCCAGCCAAAAGUGCAUACCAUCCUUCAGCGUCUCAUUUAGUAUUCCUGACGACUUCAAGCUCUUGGGAAACGCAUACGACUUGUUCCUAGGACUAUGCCCUCCGAAGCACCCGAAAUUCAAAAAUAUCGCCACACGUCUAGGAAGCUACCGCAAUGCAAGCGGCAUUUACCAGAAAAGCAGAGGCCCUUUAUCAGAAGCUGGACUGUUUUUCAGCGGUGACAUUGUGACUUGUUUUCACUGUGGUGGUGCUCAUGGAGAGUGGAGAGAAGGAAAUGACCCACAUGUCGAACACAGCCGCUGGUAUCCAGAGUGCCUAUUCACCCUAUUCACAUUGGGGAAUAAUCGGGUGUAUUUCAUCUGCGGUGAACACCGUAACCAUCUGAGCAGGCUUGCAGAACGCGGACGUACAGAGACUUCUGUGAAGGCGCUAGUGGACGCUCGCUUUGGCAGUGAAGACAUCAGUUUUUAUGAGGCUUCAGGAAUUAAAGUACAAGUCCUGUACCUCGCAGCAUCUUCGCUGAGAGAGGAUGCUUCCAAAGGUGACAUCGAGGCGAAACUCUCUGAGCUUAUCGACUUCAGACUGGAGAUUGAUUGGAAAACAAUAGCACGUGACAAGCAAUGCUCAGAUCGCAAGUUGGACAUGUCCACGGUAUGUGCCCCGCAUGUCCUGGAUAUGUUACAACCUGAGGGAAGAAAUGAACGCAUUCACUUCGAACCUCGUGAUCCUCAAUGGCAUCCUCCCGUCACAUUCCUGGAGCAGCGAAGGCCCAGCCGCCAGCGUUCCCAACCGUCCGAAUCAGCAGAUCUGACUGGUUGCUUCGAAUAUUUAAACCGCUCCAGGUACCCCGAGUACGCGGACCCGUCGAAAAGGUUGGCAACAUUCGACCACUUCCCGCACACUCCCACGGAGCUCCUGAAUCCUGGAAGUAUGGCUAACGCUGGAUUGUUUUACGUAGGAGACGUCACGACAGAUUAUGUGCCCGUGGUGCCAUCCGACCGAACAGCAGACGUAACUGGGCCACAGAACUCGGGAACCGUCCAGCGCCAAGAAGUUAACGGAGCGACAUACCAGACUGAGAGGCAAAUUAUACCACAGAACGAACCAGUACAGCGCAUGUACGCAAAGUUGGCAGACAGAGUGGCAUAUUUUCAAUCCUACCAAGAAACUGCAAAGGGAAAUACGCAAAAAAUGGCGAAGGCGGGCUUCUUCUACACAGGCAUUGAGGACCGUACGACGUGCUUUCAGUGUGGAAACAGCUUAUGCAGAUGGGACGUUAACGAUGACCCACAGGUCGAACACGCCAAGUGGUUCCCGGGCUGCCGGUUGCAUAACGAGGACAUCAUCGAUGCUCUGCCUUGGCGUAUUGGCGAAGAACAGGAAGCAGAAAUGAGCCAGCCUGACGGGUUUAUCGCAACGAUGAUGCCCGAUCUGAUGUCAUCAGAUGUUGUUCGUCGUCUGCUAUCACAAGGCAUUCCAGAGAGACUCAUAGAGAUGGCGAUUGAAACACGGUUAAACAACACUGGGUUGAUUGACGUUUUGGACGAACAGGACGUCCGCAGAGCAAUACUAGAGGUUUCACCACAUGUUCCUCAAGUUGAUAGCCGUGGUCUCAGCAUGUGCGUUAUGUGUGGGAGAGAAGACAGACGCACGGUUUUUUUUCCCUGCAGGCAUUUUGUGGCCUGCAGAGGAUGUGCCUCGCAUUGCACAGCAUGUCCUUCCUGCACCCGUCCGAUUACAACCAAAGGGGAUGCUUUCUUGACCCCAAGAUGAUCUUUACGGGCAACUUGUAUUUGAGUUUCAGUGGGAAAUGAAGAAAAGGACAGAUCGAAAUCUAUGAAUGAGUUCUACAUCUGAAAACAUCGUGGUCAACUAACAUUAACUGCUGCACACUGAAUGCAAGAAAAUUGCACUUUGAUUAUGUGCCAUCUGCUAUGCAGAUAAAUCAUGGGCAUGUAACUGAAUGUGAGAACAUCUUAUAUGAAAGACUAUAUGAGCGUGAAAGGCUACGCAAAAACGGAUAAGGCCUUAUGAUAGUCUCUGCUGAGCAUUCAAAACAUUGCAAAAACCUGUACACAAUCAAAUGCCCGCUCAUAACGUAUAUUGAUAACGUGUAUUUGUCCUAGCAAUGAUAUUCAGUGAUAGAAGAAUGAUUGUGACUGGUAACAAACUUAGGAACAACAAAAGCGCCGUCCCGAACCGGCACGGCACAGAAAUCACGAAUCAUCACAUACUGUUGUCGAGCAUUAAUCCUUCAAAAUCCCAAAGCAACCAUGAAACUAUUUGUCAACAUACGUGCGUACAUCUCAGUUGCUAACGCACUAGUCACUUACAAGACAAUGAAAACGAUCUAGGAUAACGCAUUAACGUGCAGAAGAAAGACUAGAGAGCAUUGAUGAUCUACAAGUACGCCAUGAAUAGGUAAAUAACGCGUCCUGGAGUAGCGGGUCCUGAGUAGCUGAGACUAAGAUUUCCAUUUUUUAUUUUUGUUUCCCACUCAGUCAGACAAUAAAUAUCAAUUGAAACAAACAAACAACAAACUGAAUGUACCAUAAGGAACCCCCCCCCCCC